CUGUAGAUAAAUUGAAAGAUUAGAGAGAGAUAGAGAGAGAGGGGGGAUCGGUUCGCGAGUUGUGAGACGUUGUCGGAUUUCAAAUCUUUCAUUUCGCCUGAAUUUGGGAAUUCCGUUCAGGUCCGGCCUAGGGCUCUCUUAAUGCAAUUGGGGAAAAUUCAAGAGAAAUUUCCAAGGGUUUUUUUUGGUUUUUGAUUUCGAGUUCGUUUGAUUUUCGAACUUCCUUCUUCUUUUCUUUUUUGAUUUUUUUGACGGAAUUCGGUGGCUUCCUGAAUAUUCGGUACAAAUCUUCUUGUGCGUGUGUGUGUGUGUUUUUGUUUGUUUAGGUUGAGGGGUUUGUAGUUCUUUGGGAGUUGUGAGGGUUUUUGUGCCGACCCACUUCUGAAUUUUGGGUUUUUCGUAUGCUUAUGAAGUUGAAUUCACGAUCUGUGGAAUUGGGUUUAGUUCCGAGGUUGGUUUUGUUGAGAGUUUCGUGAUGUUUACGCCGCAGAAGGUUUGGUCUGGUUGGCCCCUCACGCCUAAAACCGGGGCCCAGAAGACUGGAGCGGGUUCUGCUUCCAAUCCUAACUCUGUUACUCCUAAUUUGAGUCGAAGGGGUGAUGGGAUCAAGGGCAAGACUGUUGCUUUUGGUGAAACUACGACGCCUCUUUCGGGUGCUUUAGUUGAAAAUGGAGGAGAGAUGUUUGUGGGGUCGGCUGAGGCGGCCGCCUUGGACCAAGAAGGGUUGGACGAGAAGAUCUCGAGACUUGAAAAUGAGCUUUUUGAGUACCAAUACAACAUGGGGCUUCUCUUGAUUGAGAAAAAGGACUGGACUUUAAAAUAUGAAGAGCUUAAACAAGCGUUGGCUGAAACAAAGGACACUCUCAAAAGAGAACAAAUGGCCCAUAUGAUUGCGAUGUCUGAUGCUGAGAAGCAAGAAGAAAAUUUGAAGAAGGCAUUGGGUGUUGAGAAGGAGUGCGUUCUUGAUCUUGAGAAGGCUCUACGUGAGAUGCGUGCAGAAAAUGCUGAAAUUAAGUUUACUGGUGACUCGAAGUUAGCUGAAGCUAAUGCUUUAGUAACCAGUAUUGAAGAAAAAUCUUUGGAAGUCGAGGCAAGACUACGUGCUGCUGAUGCAAAACUUGCUGAGGUGAGCAGGAAGAAUUCAGAAGUGGAGAGGAAGCUGCAAGAUCUAGAGGCUCGGGAAGGUGCACUUAGGAGGGAUCGUCUAUCCUUCAAUGCAGAACGGGAAUCUCAUGAAGCUACUUUGUCCAAGCAACGUGAUGACUUGCGGGAAUGGGAAAGAAAGUUGCAAGAUGCAGAAGAGAGACUUGCCAAGGGUCAAACAAUUCUUAAUCAGCGAGAGGAGAGGGCAAAUGAGAAUGACAGGAUGGUGAAACAGAAAGAGAAAGAUCUUGAAGAGCUUCAGAAGAAAAUUGACUCUUCUAAUUUAGCUCUGAAAAGGAAAGAAGAAGAUAUUGGUAGUAGGCUAGCUAACAUAGCUUUGAAAGAGCAGGAAUCUGAUUCAUUGAAGGUUUCCUUAGAGAUAAAAGAGAAGGAGUUACUUGUGUUGGAGGAAAAGCUUACUGCUCGUGAAAAGGUUGAGAUUCAACAGCUUCUCGAUGAACAUAAUGCCAUUCUGGAUGCAAAAAAGAUUGAGUUUGAGCUAGAAAUUGAUCAAAAGAGAAAAUCUUUGGAUGAAGAAUUGAAAAACAAAGUGUCUGAAGUGGAGAAAAAGGAAGCUGAAAUCAAGCACAUGGAGGAAAAACUAGGGAAAAGAGAGCAGGCACUGGAAAAGAGAACAGAGAAAUUCAAGGAGAAAGAGGCAGACUAUGAUGCAAAGUUCAAAGCUUUGAAACAAAGAGAAAAGUCUUUGAAAUUGGAGGAGAAGAACCUUGAGGCAGAGAAGAAACAAUUGCUCGCUGAUACAGAGGAGCUGAUCUGUUUGAAGGCUGAAGUGGAGAAGAUUAGAGCCGAGAAUGAAGCACAACUGUUGAAAUUACAUGAAGAGAGGGAAAGUCUUAAAGUGAGUGAGACAGAAAGGUCAGAUUUUCUUCGUUUGCAGUCAGAAUUGAAACAAGAGAUAGAGAAAUAUAGGCAACAGAAAGAACUACUACUGAAGGAAGCAGAGGAUUUGAAGCAGCAGAAAGAAACUUUUGAGAGAGAAUGGGAAGAGCUGGAUGAGAAAAGAGCUCAGGUUGAGAAAGAGCAGAAAACUCUUUUGCUGCAGAAGGAAGAAUUUGAAAAAAGGAUAUUCUCCGAGGAGGAAAGGUUGAAAAAUGAGAGAUCGGAAACUGAAGCUUAUAUCCAUAGAGAACAAGAAAAUUUAAAGUUAGCUCAAGAAUCCUUUGCAGCUAGCAUGGAGCAUGAAAAAUCAGCCAUUGCUGAAAAAGCUCAAAGUGAUAGAAGUCAGAUGAUGCAUGAUUUUGACCUACAAAAAAGAGAGCUUGAAUCUGCCAUGCAGAAUCGGGUGGAAGAAAUGGAAAGAGGAUUUCGGGAGAAAGAGAAGUUGUUUAAGGAAGAGAAAGAGAGAGAAUUGGAGAACAUUAAGUUUUUGAGAGAUGUUGCUAGAAGAGAAAUGGAUGAGCUCAAACUCGAGAGACUUAAAACUGAGAAAGAAAAGCAGGAAGCUGAAGCUAAUAAAGAACAUUUGGAAAGGCAGAGAAUUGAAAUACGCAAGGACAUUGAAGAGCUUCUUGAACUAAGCAAUAAGUUGAAAGAUCAGCGAGAACGACUUGUUGCAGAGAGAGAUCGCUUUAUUUCAUAUGCCGACAAACACAGGACCUGCAAGAACUGUGGGGAAAUAGCAUCUGAGUUUGUGCUUUCAGAUUUACAAUCUUUGGAUGGUUUUGAAAAUGCUGAUGUCCUUAAUCUGCCUGGACUGCCUGAUAAAUAUAUGGAAAUUCAAGGACUUCAGGUAUCUUCUGGUGGAAAUAUGGGUAUUUCUGAUGUGCGAAAUGGUGAACUAACUCCAGGCUUAGCUGGUCAAAAGUCUCCUAUAUCUGCUGGAACCAUUUCUUGGCUUCGUAAGUGCACUUCGAAGAUCUUUAAGUUCUCUCCAGGUAAAAAGAUUGCAUCUCCAGCAUUUGAGAAACAGGAUGAUGAAGCACCAGUAUCAGAUGAACAUGAUGAUCUGGCAGAACCCUCCAAGAGAAUGUCUGCAGGUGAAGAUGAGGCAGAGUUGUCUCUUGCGAUCGCAAGCGAUUCCCUUGAUGACAGGAGAAUUCAGUCUGAUGUUAGUGGUAGGGAUGUAGAACCAAGUCAGAAUCUUUCAAUUGAUAAUCAAAGUAACAUUAUUAGUAAGGCACCAGAAGUUGCAGUUGACUCCCAACCUUCUGAUGUAAGGGAAAAUAAAAGACAACGUCCCAAGAGAGGAAAGCCUAAAAUCAAUAGAACUCGGUCUGUUAAGGCAGUAGUUGAAGAUGCUAAGGCUAUAAUUGGGGAGCUUCAGUCCACUCAGCAAGCUGAGUAUCCAAAUGGAAAUGCUGAGGAUUCUAGUCAGCUGAAUAAUGAGAGUCGGGAUGAAUCUAGUCUUGCCGGCAAAGGCACUCAAAGGAAUUUGCGGAAGAGAACACGUGCUAAUUCAUCUCAAAUCAUGGGUGAGAAUGAUCAUGAUGACAGUGAAGUACGCUCUGGCAGUGUUGUGGAAGGUCAGCCAAGGAAAAGACGACAGAAGGCUGCCCCAGCUGUGCGGGCUCCUGAAAAACGAUACAAUCUCCGGCGGAAAGUUGUAGGUGCUUCAAAAGAACCUUCUAACGUUAGUAAAGAACUUGAAGAAGAUGCUACUGUGAAACGUACAGAGGAAGACGUUCACUAUUCAAGAGUUCGUCCGACACAAUCAAUGGGGGUUGCUAGUGAUAAUGCUGGAAGCACCCACCUUGUAAGGUGUGGUACAGUUCAAGAUAAUCAAGAUGAUGGUGUUGCUGGCACGUCGAAAAUUUCUAUUGAUAUGGUAUCUCAGAGUGAGGAAGUGAAUGGAUCACCCGAAAACGCAGGCAAGUAUGAGGAUCAAGGUGAGUACAGAAGUGAGUCUUGUGAGGAAGUUGGAAAUGAAGAUGACGACGAUGAUGAUGAAGAAGAAUCAGCACAUCCCGGUGAAGUUUCAAUAGGGAAGAAGCUCUGGACCUUUUUCACAACGUGACCAUUAUUACUAAGCCCUUCUCAAUAAUGUUGACUGUUGAUGAUCGCUAAGUGAUGGGGGGUGUGUAGAAUUGAUUGAUGUUAGAGAGGAAGGUUUAGAUGUGUAACAAGAAUUCAAAUGUAGUUAGAACUGCAAAUUGUUCAUCAGGCCAGUAGGGGGAUUUGCUUUUUGUUUCCCCUUUUUUUCUCCUAGGAUUCAGGAUUAUCCCGCCAUUUUAUAUAUGUAUUUUUUUUUCCUUUUCUUUUUGACGACAGUCGUUAUCUUUAGCUAGAUAUUUGACAUUACGGCAGCCACUGACCAUGGAUGCUUGGCUACUCACCGAAAUUUGUUUGUAUCAAAAUGUUUGCAGCUUUGUUAGUUCUUGAA